AACUAACUAUGCUACUCUACGCGCGUGCCCAACAGUGUGUAAUCAAUGUUGUGUUUUGGGGGGUUCAGGGAUAGAACAUUCCAUAAUAAUUAUGAUAAUAUAUGGAAUACAGUGAAAUGAUUCCAUUAUAUAUUGGGCUUUCUAUCAUCAUCUUAUCAACAAAAAUGAAUUGACUUUAAAGUGUAUUUUGAAGUAAAUUGCAAGCAUAUAUCAGAUGGCAGAUUUUUCUUCAAGUCUUCCUCUUUAAUUGUAGGAAUAUUAUUAAAUAGUCUAUAGGCUUCAUAUAUAUCUUAUUAGCACUAUAGCACAUAUAUGAAUGAUUAUGGAUAAAAACUAUGAAAAAUUAAAGGAAAAACAUCACCAUAUGCUGUCCUGAUGGCGGAUGUGGAGAAGCUUUAUAUGCAAAACCCAUUAGUGCUUUGGGUAGAAACAUUAAAACCCAACGAUGGUCAUCCUUUGGAAUAUAGGGAUUUAUACGAUGGAGUAUAUCUUAAUGAUGUCAUGCAGCAAAUUGACCCACGGCUCACGUACGACAAUGUCAACAGAUGCGGGGAUGAUAACCUAACAGUACGCUUACAUAACUGGGACCUACUGGUCAGAAACAUCAAGGCUUUCUACAAGGAUGUCCUGCAGCAGCUGUUGGUCAUGCGACUGCCCAAUGUCCACCUCAUCAGCAGGGAGCCUCUCAAGGAUUCCAGCUUUGCAGAGAUACGUAAGGCUCUUCUCCUUAUACUGGGCUGUGCUGUACAGUGUGAACAGAAGGAAGCCUUCAUUGAUAAGAUCAUGGCCAUGGACAUUACUGCUCAGACAGAGAUUGUGGAGAACAUUAAAGAGAUCACAGAUGACAACCAAACAGUUCUCCCCACCCAGCGACCAGAGACACCCAAAAGUUGUGAAACCUACAUAGAUAAAAUGUUUCAUCAUCUGUUUAGGCUGAUCAAAGAGCGAGAUGAUUGUGCAGAGCUUGUUGCUGAUCUUGGCCAGGAGCGAGACUUUUACAUGUCCCAGGCAGAGGGCAAACCGGUGAUUAAUACACCUCAGCUUUCACCAGACAAACAUCACUUGGCUUUGGAACUGGCAGAAUGCAAAGCCAAGUUACGACAUGUACGACAGGAACUAGAGGACAGACAAGAACAAUUAUCUGAUGCUAAAGAUGAAUUGAAAGAGGUCUUAGCAACUUGCGCUCAUUUAAAGAAUGAGAAUGCAGCAUUACAACAGGAAGCUAGAAUAACUAGGACUCUACGAGAUGAACUGGAUAUUGUGAAAGAAAAGGCUGUUAAAGUUGAUGUGUAUGAAAAGGAGAUUCUGAAAUACAAAGAAAAACUAAAUGAAUUGGAGUUUUACAAGGCAAGGACUUCAGAGUUGAAAGAAGAUAAUUCCAUUCUGGAAGAAACCAAAGCCAUGCUAGAAGACCAACUGACCAACAGUAGGAAGAGGAUAGAAACAGUGGUAGAGCUUGAGGCUGAGCUUGGAAGAUAUAGGCAGCAAAUAGAACAGCUGUCACAGGAAAGAGAAUCAGACAAAGAAAAGAUUGAAUACUUAACAGAAGAAAAUGCAAGACUUGAGUUUGAGAAGAAAUCCAGUUUGUCAGAGAGUGUUAGUUUAGAAUCUGAACUUUCUGCAGUUAAAUCUAGGAUAGGAAAUCUAACAGGGUCAAUGUCUGAGCAAAUUUUAGAAACAUCCCAUGCUAAAGUGUUAAGGCUAGAGUUAGAGAACCAGCGACUGGCAGCAAAGUUAGCAGAGAUGAGAGAGACAGCCAUGAUACAGAGUGCUGAAGUCAGCUUGGAACUAGAGAAAGAAAAUAAGAGACUCGCCAACAAAGUGGAGAAACUCCAGGCCAAUGUAUAUGAGUCAUCAGAGCGUAUGAUAGAAAUUGAAGGCCAGCUGACUUCUUCCAGAGAGGAGACACAGAGGGUAAUGAAAGUGCUAGAGACUGUGAAAGAAAACUCUGAGAGGCAGGUGAAUGAAUUGGAACGAGAGAAUGAACGUCUCACACAGACCUUGCACACAAUUCAGGAACGGUGUGAGUUAACCAGUGAUGUUAAGAUGAAGGAUCUAGAAAGAGAGAAUAAACGACUUCAUGAAACAGUAGCUGCCAAGAACUCUCAACUGACUCAGCUGGAGUUUGACCACAGACAACUGCAGCGUAGUAGUCAUCAACUUCAGGAGGGCACACAGCGAUUGAAAGACUUGGAGCAAGAGAAUCAGUUCUACGAGAAACAAAUUGGAGAGCUACACCAGAAAGUUGCCACACUAGAGUAUUGUGAGGAGAAACUAGAAACAAUUGAGCAAGAAAACUCUGACCUGAGUGUUGAGAAUAGAAAAUUGAAAAAAACUGUGGAGACGUUACAGUUGGCAGCUCAGAGACGUGAGCAGAUGGAGCAAGAGCAUAUCUCUCUGACAAUCGAGCAUCAACGUCUUCAGAAAACUCUGGAAUCCCUGAAGUCUGAGUCAGAUAGAGCUCUGGAGCUGGAAGCUGAAAAAGAUGAACUGAACAAAGAACUGCAGCAGUUGAGGAAAUGUUUGGAGGGUCAGAAGACACAGAAACUGAGACAGGAACAAAUGGAGUUUGAUUUGAUGGAUGUCAAUAAUGAAAACCAGCGGUUACAGAAAGGUCUUGAGAUGACUAAUCGGCGGCUGCAGCAGCUGGAAAAAGACAAUGUACAAAUGGAGACUGAGAAUGAGAAUCUCAACAAGCAGCUGGAGACUAUGAGAUUGACAGCCAAAAAACUUGAAGAUAAAGAGAAUGAAGUUCAGCAGAUGGACUUUGAGCUACAAAAACUGACAAAAGACAAAAGUGCCCUGGAGAAGGAAAACAAGAAAUUAAAACAAAGUUCAGACUUGAAAGAUUCCAGCAUGGAGGAGACAAUGACCAAAUACAACAAACUGGACCAAGAAUGUAAACUGAUGAAAAAGUCUGUGGAGAAACUGAAAGAAACAAGCAACAAAGUGAAGGAGCUGGAGAAAGAAAACAGUCAGCUGUUGCAGGAGCUCAACACAGACAGGAGAACUCUGGCCACUUUAAGGGAGGACCUCAUCAAUGAAAAAAUCAACUCUCAAGAGUUGAACAAUCAACUGGAGCAGCUGACGGGUGAGCUAGAGAGGAUUGGUUUAAAUACAGACAAGAUGGUUAUGGUGGAGCAGUCCAAUGAUGCUAAUCGUUAUAAAGCCCUUGAAGUUAUGAUAGAAGAGACAUUAAAGAAGAGCAAUGAACUGAAAGAUGAGAAGAUAAGGUCCCUUGAGAUUAGGCUGGAUGAGUCUAAAAAUAGAAACCUGAAGCUCCAGGAUGAGCUGAGGUCAACAAAAAGCGAGACUGAAGUUUUAAAGCAGAGAAUUGAAGAAGAAUUGGAGACAACCAAUUUAGAUGAUGACCGAGUCAAACAAAGACUUGUCAAAACUGAAUCGGCUUUACCUACCAAGGAAUUAUUCCAGCUGAAGGAUCGUUUAGUUGAGUUGGAACGCAAGAAUGCUCGGCUGAUGGCUGACAAUGACAACCUUCAAGCCAAUAACUCUGACCUUAAAGAACACUGCCAAAAAUUGGAAAACCAGCUGACCAGUUUUCAGUCCCAGCAUGCAUCACUUCAAGGUUAUUAUUCUAGUCUACAGGAGCAGAAUGCCAAAUUGCAGGUUGAAUAUACAACAGUCCAGUCACAGAUCAGCUCAACAUUGUCCCAGCAAGAUGUUCUCAAGAACCAAAUGUCCAGGCUGGAACUGGACUAUGAGAACCUGAGCCACAAGCACGAGGGCCUACAUAAUGUCCACCAGUCGUUAGUCAGUGAUCAUGAGUCCCUGCAGCACCUGCACCAACAGCUGACAGCAGAAUACGAGUCUCUUGUGUCGGAGCAUGGAUCCAUGAAAGCCAUCCAUAAAUCUUUAAAAUCAGAAUACAAAGUUUUGUCUGAACAGAUGGAUGCUAUGUUGCAGGGUAAAGAUGAUGUGAAUAAACUUCGUGAGGUUAUGGAAAAAGAGAGAGAUCAUCUGAAGAAAGAGCUGAUGGCAGUGGGCAACCUCCAAUCCAACUACAACAGACUGUGUGAAGACCACCAACAGCAAGCAGCAGCCUAUGACAAGUUAAGUCGAGACUACAGUGAUGUGCUAGCCUCACACAAACAGAUCAAGACAGAAUAUAAUAACCUCCAACUGAAAGCUACAGAGUUACAAGUAGAGCUGAAUGAAGCCAAAGAAAAUCUCACUGUUGCUGAUAUGGAGUUUCAAAAGUUGGAAAAUAAGAUGGAAGCUGUGUAUCAAAUCAAUGAAAGGAUAGAGAAUGAGAACCAAGCCCUUCUGAUGCAGAUCAAGCAACUGUUGAACCAGAACCAAGACCUUUUGACCAAAACUCUCAGCAGCAAAGAUCAUUUUGUGGAAGAGGAGAAACAUUAUUUAGAAAAACUUGCUGAGUUGCGCAGACAAAAAGAAAGACUGGAGGAGAAGAUCAUGGAACACUACAAGAAUAGAAUCUCUCCCAAAAAAAGAGGUCUAGGAGCAAUUCUAGUCAACAAGGCUCGCAAUAUUAUGUCCAGAGGACCCAAACGUUCUAAAAGUAGAAAUAAUUUGAAUGAGAUGGGAGAUAGUAUACACAGUUCUGAACAGAUGAAUGACACUGCACACAGACUGGAUUUAUCUUUGGAGCCUGGCAUCAACAUGUCAGAAAUGGCACAGAGUCCAGCUUUAUCUAAAAACACUAAAUUUCUGGCCAAAUCUCAGUCUGCUUUGAACUCUCCUGUUUCAGAAACUAUAAAGCCUGUUAGGCUUAGAGGAUCCAAAUCAAGUGAAAAUGUGAAUGAAUCCAACAAUAAUGAUUACAGUACAUUGCCAGGAUUAGGCAGACCAUAUGAAAUAGAUGAGCUCAAUAGUUCAGACAGAAGGUCAAUAACGCCAGGUCCCUCAAGGCGCAUACCAGGCAAUAUUUCUCCAGGCAGUGAGAUGCUGACCUUGCACCAGUUCUUGAAAGAAGCAAAUGGUUCAUCAAGCAAUAGUAAAACAUUUGAUGAGAUAAAGCGUAGUCAUGACAGUGACUCCAGAAGUAGUGACAACUCUAGUUCCAGCUUUAAUAGUCGGUACAAGCCAGGAAUUUCUCAUUUCCGAUCGGAUGUUCCAGAUAUUGCAAUUUCUACACAUUCGUACAGCUCAAGGUUGUCUGCUGAAAGUGGCAAUGCUGACAGUAGUUUUAGUUCAAACGGACACUUACCUUAUGAUGUUUAUACUUCCACACCAAAAGCGGAGUUUGAAGGGCAGCCUACCCAGUCUGCCCCGACUUUUAAUAAUAGUCUAGCAAGGCCUGGUGGAGAACUGCGACGUCAGUCCAGUGAGGAAGUGGCCAGUGCUUUUCACCAGCCUCACAGACACUCAUUCAACGAUAACUGGAAAAACUCUAACCAAGAAAGUCAUAACCUUACAAUGCUCAACAGGUCCACACCCCAACAAGGUUCAUCUGCCCCUAGUAAAGUUGCUGGAUCUUUUCAGCAAGCUUCUUCAUCUCCUAGGCUGCCUUAUCCCCAGAAUUCUGCUAGUUUUAGAGGCAGAGAAACUUUGCCUCCUGAGAAAACCAGUGCUGUUGAACGCCUGGACAGAUUAACUCGAGGUGAACAAAUGCAGGCACCUCAUUAUGCCCAACCAAACAAACUUUUCAACAGUGAGGUCCAACAAAGAGUUAAUUCUGGUUUCCCCAGGACUAAUGAUAGAGACUUUUCAGACCAUGACAGAAGACAGCCCUUUGGAACACCACCUUCAGUUUCAAAUCCACAGCAUGCUCCACCUUCAGCUCCACACCAACAAGCUCCCCCUUCAGCUCCACACCAACAACAAGCUCCAGCAACAAUCAGCGGACCAUCACGUUCUCGUCCCAUCAGUGCAAUGGCUCACUCAGGGCCCACUGUCAGAGGCGUGUAUUCUCGACCUCAUGGAGAUACACGUCCUAAACCUCAGCAAGGCAUCCACCCCAAUCAGCCACUGCCCAGAGAUCGUUCACUUGGAAGACAAGCGGCUGAGAACAUUGAAGCUCAAAACAGAUCACAAUUGACAGAAAGGCCAAAAUCUGUUCCACCUCAACUUUUCAACAAGUCUGAGGGUAAUGACAGAAUAAACUCACAGGUCCAGUCAGUGGGAAGUAGAGAUUUUCAAAGAGAAGCUCCAGAGGGAAGAGAACCAAGAAACCAGCCAAUGCCUAAGGUUGCUUUGCUUAGAGAGCCAAGUAGGUCAAGCUCAAGGUCAGGUGCCCCCAUUGAUCCUCAGCACUACAUAUCAGCUUCUGGAUCUUCUCAUGGUCAGUAUUCCUCACCACAACAGCACCCUGGUGGUCAGCAGACAAUGAGACAGAACAGCUUACCUUUAUCUGUGAGUGACCAUCAAAACCUAGGGCACCCAACAAGGAACUCGAUGCACAAUCCUUCAGUAGCAUCUAGACCUGCUUCCUCCACAAACCAGUUUUCAUCCCCUAAGCCUGAGGCGUUGCCUACCAGCCAAAGUCAACAUGAAAGCAGAUCUAGUUCCACCUCAUCAUCAUACUCACUUUCUAACUUCAGCAACUUAAACUCACCAUCCACAGCUCUCCCACCUGAUGCCAUCUACAGUAGAAGCAUGACCUCUCCGUCCAUCAGGCGAGAUAAUCCUCAGCCUGUCCACAACAACAGUGAACACCAUGCUGGACAUCAGCAGGACUCAUUGACCAACUACAGCUCUUCACAAAAUGACCCUAAGCGGGGUCAAGAUUUCCAUCCAGUUCCACAGCCCAGGGGUCAGCCACCUCCUCCUCCCCCAAAACGAAGUUCCAGUGAAUUCCAUUACAGAGUACAAUCAGGGCAAAACCUUUCCCCAGGACAGUCAUCUUAUCCUUACAAUCAAAAUCAAACUAUACAAAGGACUACAUCUAGGCCAGAUACCUCCAUGAAUGGACCUUCUGGCCCUGUGAAAGAUUUCCACUCUCCACAAUAUAAUUCCAACCUUCAGCAAAAUCAAGUAACUCCUCCUCAGAUAAGAACUCAAGGAAAACUCCCAGGUGGCCCAAACUCUAAUAUACUGCCCAACAGGCACCUGUCAUCAGGGCCCCAGUAUAGGUCUCCAGGUGAAGCAAGUUCAGAUGAAAGCAAAAACCCUUCAUCCCCCCAGUCAGCUACAAACCAAGUCUCUAAUGAACAAAAAAACUCUCCAAGCGCCCCAGUCAAGCCAGACGCUGAAGCUGGACAACCAAACCGGGCUAAUUCUAUUUGGUAUGAGUAUGGCUGUGUAUGAUAAUCAUGAACUUAUGACAGACAUUAGGGAAAUGCGAUCCUUUCAAUUUUGAGCCUAAAAAAAAUUUUUUUUUUCAAUACAAAACAUGUCGUAUAUAACAUGUAUUCAAAAACAAAAACAUUUUUGAAAACUUAAGACAUUAAAUUUCUUAUCUGGACUAAAAAAAAAAUCAAUGACUGAAUCAGUUUCUUGUGUGUUUGUUUUCUGUCUGUCCUCAUUGAACAAACUUGAUUUAUUUACUUUUCAUCAAUCUUCUUCUAUUUCUACAAGCUACUGCUUGAGUUUAUUUUUAAUAUGUUAGCAAAUCUUUUUGUAAAUUGUUUAAGUGAGCCUUUGAUUCAAGUACUUAAGGUGUAACUAUUUGUUUUUCUUUCUUUGACAGUCCUUUUUUUUAGGGGAUAAAAUGGAAUGAAUGUUUUUUUUUUUGUUUUUUUUUGUCUUUUUGAUUGUAUGCUUUGAAAGUUCUAGGAUGUUAUAAAGGUUGUUGGGGGAAAAUGUGAAUACAGUUAGAAAGAAUGAUGCACCAACCCAGAACCAAUGGAAUCAUUCCUUGGCCAGUCUGUAUUUUCAUGUACACACAACUGGACACCUGACUGUAAAUAGUGACUAUUUAUAAUUUACAAGGACAUUCCUGACAACACAUUCCAUACUUCCACACGUAUACACUAGCUGGUCUAUUUGUUAUACUCCCGCUAUACCUUUAAAGGAAAAGUCAUCUGAAAAAUUGAAAUUGCUUUUGGAAAUUUUACCAUCAUAAAUACAUAGGCACAAUUUUUAUUUUAAUUAAAGCAAAUCUACUGAAAGCAUUCAUGAAAUUGUUGUCACAAGCUUAUAUAAAUAGCAUAAAGUUGUCCAUAAAAAGAAGUCUUGUGUAUUUAAUGUUAUGUUCGUUGUUGUUAAUUAUUUGUUUGUAAAGAAUUAGUUCACUUUUUUCUUUUUGGUUUACUUUUUUUUUUUUUUAUUUUAAGCAUUAACUAUUACACUUAAAUUUUAUUGUAUGAUUUGUUUCAAAAUUUGUCUGUUUUUGAUUAUACAUUUGAAGCAUUAUGUUCAUAUGUUCUUUAUUUUUGGCAGGCGACCUCGAUAGCCCUGACCUUCAUCAUUGUGACUUGCAUGUCAAGGUCACAUGGGAGUGGAGCAUGUCAAUAUUUGGUGGUGUUUUCUAUUUUAUUUCUCUUUGUCACAUUCCUGUAUAUCAAAUUAAUAAUUUUAUUUGAUUCUGUGGUUCUUUAGUAGACUCCCUUUGUAUUUCCCUGUUGCUGUCUAAUUAUGUUAUAGUUUAAGUAGCUGCUUCCUUCGUUGACCCGUGUGUUCUUUUCACCUUUUGCUUUCCAGUGUAUUAAUCUUGUAGUUAGUUUGUUCAAGGUAGUCCACUUUUUAAUAUAUUUUGUUUAAAAUAUUUGAGUUUAGAUACCAAUUUUUUUUUUAAUUAAAGGAACAAAAAAAAAUUCCAGUUUUUUUUUAGUAGAAGGAAAUAAAAUCAAUUAAAAGAAUCACUAACCUUUAUCAAGUAUUGAUCAAGUAGGAUAAUUAGUAUAGUGUUAUAUUGGGUAAUUGUUUUGACAUGGUUUAGAGGGAAUGUGGUAGCCAAGUGAUUGUGGACUCCAACUCUAAGUAGCCAAAAUAUUUUAUUACUACCGGUGAGCAGAGUACAUUAGGUUUUUAUACUGAUGAACGAGACCCUUCUCAACAUUAGCUAACAAUAACAUCAUGAACUUUGAACUAUCUAAAGAAUGUUUUAAUGCCAGUCUUUGAAUAUGUACAUAUACAUGUUUUUGUUUGAAAUGCCAAAACUAAAGCUGACAACAAAAUCCUCUGUUGUAAUUGUAUUAUUCUGACAAUUAUUUUACAUGGGUAUUGUUUACCACAUGAUUUCAACAGACUGCUAGGCUUAUUGUAAAUACAUACUUUUAAGGAUCCUAAAUAAUUUAUUAUUUAAAGUUUUAAAUUUCAAAAUGACUAGAAAAUCUUAAAUAUUUUUUUUUAAUCAGCAUUUAUAAUUGUAUAAACUUUUUGUUUUAUUACAGCUGCCCACUCAUUCACCACACAAUAACAUUUUAAAAACCUUUUUUUUUUAUAUAGCUAAACUUUACACCACAGUCUUAAUGAACAGUGUUGUCUCGAGUUUUGUCCUUUUUAUAUUAUUUAAAAGAAAAUAGUUUUAUCUUCUUCAUAUCUUUUGUAUUUAAGUCAUCUCAAUGUUACAGCAUGUGUGUUUUUCUUCAAGUUCCAGUUGCUAAUUAACCCAAAUUAUUUAUCUUCCAUAAGCUGCUUUUAGUAGACAAUAACAAGGCUUCUGAUAUAACCACUGCUAAAGAUUAUGUUUUUUUGAUAGGUGUAAACGAAUUGUACAUGUAUUUAUUUUGAUAGGGUUAUUAAAGUUUUGUUUGAAAAAAAGCAUGCUAUCUUUUAUACCAUUUUUUAAAACUAUUACCACAUAUGUCAUUGGUAAACAUAUAAAAUGUAAUUAUGAUAUCGAUAUUAGGCCAGUCUUUAAGCUUUCUUAUUUAUUUAUUAUUAGAUCAAAUUUUAUAAUGUCUGUGAUUUUUAUACAAAAUGCACUUGCAUAUAAAUAUUCCACCAAAUAUUUAUUUAUGCUUAAUUACUAACAACUUUGCUAUUCUGCUCAAAUGAAUUAAAUUGAAACCAUUGAGAACAUUCCACAAGAUUGGGAUAUAAGAAAAAAAACAGUGUUGGGAAGAUGCUAAAUUAACUUGUUUUUGGCUAUGGAGAUUAGGAAUUAUUUUUUUAAGUAUACAUAAUUUUUUUAAAAUUUUAUUUCCUAGAAACAAGUAACAAAUUUAUAUUUAUAUAAAAACAAUAAAUAGUAUUUGUACAUAACGGAAUUUAUGAGUUAUUUCUUAUGCUUAAAAAAUUUGUUAUUGCAUUUCAUUUUAUGUUUUGUUGAGUUUUUUUAUGAGCAAAACAUUUAGUUUGAAAGCAGGGUUGUUUAAAUUUUGUGUUACAAGCUGUUUUCUUUUUUUGUUCCAUAUUUGUUGGUCUGUACAUUUUUUUAAAGUUUGUACAAUUACAAGUUACAUCCCAAAAUAUUAAAUUUUUAUUUUUCAACUGUGUUCAGAGUAUAAGUUGAAAUAUUUUUAGUUUAUACUCUAAUGUGAGCUCAUGAUUUGAGUCAAUUGUGUUUGGUUACUUGGACUAGAAGCAGAAGGCUGAUCACACAGUUCAACGUUCCCACCAGAUAAACUGUAUCCAUUAUGUUCAAUUUAUUUAGGGGGAAUUAUAGUAUAGAAGUCUUGAAGAACUACAAAGGACCUGUGACCCUUAAGUCAUGUGUCAUGUACUUGUGACUAUUGAAUAUUGUAAUGACCUCUUUCUCUUCACAUUAUUUGCUUGUGACACCCCUCCCCAACCUUCUUUCUUUUCCAGCUCAUAAACUUAUGUCUUUUGUAAUAUAAUACAACUUAAAUCUUGUUGCUUUUAACAUGUGUGACUCCUGGCCCCAUUAAUUACUUUUACCAUGUGACAUCUUUUAUAUGUAUAUUCAUCCAAUACUGUUCAUGGGACAUCACUUAUAUAUAUAUUCAUCCAAUCUCCAACUCUGAUGUCUCAAAUUAAAGUCCCUUACACAUUUGUAUACUUACGUUUUACAAAGUAUUAAUCCAUUGAUGUCUUUUUAUUGGUCACUUUGGGUUCACGUUUUGUCAAUGACGUUUUUUUUAAUUAUAUACAAACUUUUAAAGAUAUACACACACAUUUUAUGAAGCAAAUUUACAUUGAGUUGAAUUUUUAAAUUUAUUUUUUGCUUCUACCUAGAAGAUGUCAUUGAGCAGUGGAACCUUCGUUGAAUGAUGUUUGAAGAAAUAUGUUUUUCUAACUGCUACUCCACCUCAUCUUUCUUUUUUCAUUGACUUUAUUCUAAUCCUGUAUUCUGAGUAUCUGAUGAUGUUUGCUAUCAGAACUGUUUCAGUGCUGGCACAGGUGUCUGUUGGUGGUGUUUGAGAGGUGCAGAACGUGUGAAUGGUCUUAAUAAGCUCUUUUAUUAUUUUUUAAAUUAAAAGAACAAACAAAAGAUUUUAUUGGAAGACUUAAUUAUGGUACGGGCUGAUAGUAACACCAUUAGCUUAUUAUACAAGGUGACCCCAAUCUACUGAUGUCUGUCAUUCGUAUUAGUUGGCCCAUUAAUAUUCAGUUUCUUUAAUGUCAUUGUUCCAUUAAGUAAUCUGAUCAACUUUUGCCUACUGUUCAUAUUGACAUCUCAUUUCACAAAUGGCAACUUGUUUUUCUUUGCUCUUGUUUUUGUAAUGACUUCAUUAGCCUGACUUUGUUUCUGUGUUUAUUUUCUAAUGCCUUGAGUGCAUCUACAGUGUUACUUUCUGCACUGUCUGAGUUUUAGUUGUUAUAGUUCUGUCUUCCGUAUUCUGUAAAAUGCUUCCUGGUAUUGAGUUUUUUUUCUCUCCAUUUAUUAUGUUUAUCUUGUUCAUUAUUUCACAGCUUUUCAUUGGAGCCCAAGUGUCCUGUCCACUUCAUGUUUCUGUUCAAUGCAGUGGUCAUGUGCAUAGAGCUUCUCAUUUUGAGCUGGCUGGUUUGUUCAUCUUGUACUUGGAAAGCAGAGUAUUGUAAGCACAAAAUCUUGCCCAACUUUUUGAGUUGACUCAAAACCACCUGGUUAGACUUUACUGCCUUUAUUUCACUAAGUUGCAGAAUUCAUCUACUGAUUUGUCAGCUACAUUUGUUCCUAUUCACUUAGUCUUUUUUUUUGUUAGACAAACCCCAUGUACAGAGGUUCUUAAACACAUUUGACAGAGAAGAAAGAAAGCCGCUGUCUUCAUUCUUUUCAUUCUUCUUUUGUUUUAAACACUAAGCUGAGACAUUGAAUUCCAAGUUCUUUGAACAAAUUCAUUUUGGUGAAUGAAAGAUGUUUAGACAACGUAAUGAUUGUUUUAGAAAAAUAAUUCACUUUUAUUAGAAACAAUAGGUUUUGUAUAUAUAUAUAUAUAUAUAACUUUUUUUCUUCGUAUGAACAGAAACCAUUGAUUUAAAAGCAUGUUAAGGCAUUUUAUUCUUUUUUUUUCCCUUCAUAUUUUCAAAAUAGUAUGUAUGUUUUUAUGCUAUAUAUGUUGUAUUGAAAUGUCUAUGAUACAAACCAAGUCAUAUAGUAUACAAAAAAUAAAUUAAAAAAGAGUGAUCUAUUUCAAUGUGCAUUACUGGCAUAGCCUGGGAGUGUCCUUGUCUGUUUCAAAUGUUCAUGUUCAAGAAGAUGUGAGAUAAGUUGUGCAGGUCCAACAGAUUGAACAUGUGUUUGAAUUAUUAUUUUUUUCUUAAUACUUUUUUAUCCCUUUAUUUCCCCCCCCCCCUUUUCCCAGUCAAUCUUAUGAUCAAUUUCAAUAUAAGGAUUGAGUGAGUCAUUAAGAGUAUUGAUCAAGUAAACUAGAUGAAGACAAUAACCACGAAAUAUGAAUAGCCAACAGCAAAAUGUGUGUAGGCCUACCAUGUAUUAUUUCAAUCAUAUCCACUUGUGUUGUAUUUAUAAUGAAAUGUCUUCUUGAAAUCUAUUGAUGAAAAAAUGAAAAUUUAUUUAUUAAAGUG